AAUAGGAAGCGCCAGUCCACGGUGCAUCUGUGGGCAGCAGUGCAUCUUGGGAAGCAUCCUGCCUGAAACAAACCGACGAAGAAGAAAAGAAUAGUUCGUGUGUGUGGUCUAGCGCACAUCGCUGUCUGAUUUCUAAAAUAAAAUAAUCUGGAUUCCUUCGGAGAGCGAACGGUUACGGCUUCCGUUCAUAGGUAAAUCUUAGCGCACGCAUCCACCUCAGCCGCAGGAGAUGUUCCGCGGUCGGCCUCCGCCCAGAGGCUACCCACCGCCAUUCGAAGGCCGUGGUCCUGCACUAAGGCCUCACCCUGCACCAGGUUACCGCGAUGACCAGAACCGGCACAGACCCCCCUACCACUCCGACCAUCGUGACCACGGGCACCUGGACCUCUACCGUCACUCCCCGUCGCAUAGGAGGUAUCCUUCCCCCGGAGCGGGGAGUCACCGCAGCGGGGAGUUCCGGUGUGGUGGUCCCCCGGCUGAGAGGUCCCCUUCUCAUCGGGGUCCAGCUCCUCAGGAUCACAGCCUUCACAUCACCGUGGGGAACGAGCUGAUAGGACCAGCUGGACCCACCCCUCCACGCCAUCACGACAGGGACUAUUCUCCGCGACACGAAUGUGAGCAGGGUCGAAGCACAGGCCUUAGUCAGGUCAAGAGGCGAGGACGGAGCAUGAGCCGCAGUCCAGAUCGUAGUCGGGCCAAGAGCCGAGGACGGAGCAAGAGCCGUCCCCGGGGUCAGAGCCGUAGUCCGGACCGUAGUCGGGCCAAGAGUCGAGGACGAAGCACGAGCCGCAGUCCAGAUCGUAGUCGGGCCAAGAGCCGAGGACGGAGCAAGAGCCGUCCCCGGGGUCAGAGCCGUAGUCCGGACCGUAGUCGGGCCAAGAGCCGUGGACGGAGUAAGAGCCGCAGUCCAGAUCGUAGUCGGGCCAAGAGCCGAGGACGGAGUAAGAGCCGUCCUCGCAGUAGGUCUAAAUCCAGGUCUAGAUCCCGGGGCAGGAGUCACGGGCGGGACCGUGGUCGCAGCAGCAGCCGCAGUAGCAGGUCAAGCAGCUCAAGUUCUAGCAGCUACAGCAAAGACAAGCAUACCUUCAAAGAACUGGAGCACGCUCGACGCAAGAAGGAGCUGGAGGAGCUGCUGAUCCAACCCACCAAAUCCAUUCUGAAGAAACGGAAUACUUAUGAUGACUCACCCUCUGUCAGGAGCUCAGACUCUCCUCGGGAUUCGCACGGUGCCACCAUGUCUCGCGUGGCCGAACAGCUCCUGCAAGCUGUGAGGAGCACCGACCCACACACCAUGGCUUCCAUGCUGUCCGAGCUGCGGUCCGAUCCGCACAUGGCACAGCGUCCCGGCCUGGAUGCAGAAAUCAAAGAAAUUCUGAACUUGCUGGGGGGGGCGGCGUCUGAUGGUGGGGCUCCGCAGAAAGCUGUGGAUGACAUUGAUGAUGAGGAAAAGUUCCUGUAUGGAGACACUGAAGAGCCCAAACCUCAGCCAGAGCCAGUCCGGUACCACAGACUGGAGCUGUAUGGAGACGUGACAGAGGAUUCGCUGUAUGUGGACCCCCCAACACAGAGAGCUGCUGUCGGUCAGAUGUACAGCUGUCCUCAGCCUGGUGUACCUCAUGUUCAGGUCCCACCCACUCUCAGUGAGGUGGACCUUUACAUGACCCAGCCCAGCAGCAGUUCGGACCAAAACAGUACAGUUCAGGUAUCAAACCCUUCCUGGCCACCAGGGACUGAGCCUCUUGAAGAUAGCGAGCGCCAGGCUCUGGAGGAGUACGAGAAGAUCCAGGACCUGUUGAAGACCAUUGGGCUGGACCUGGGUGUAGCUGAAAUUGGCAAGAUGGCUGCCAGGACCAAGGAGCGACUCCAGGGGAACAAGCCACCUCCAAAGACUCCGACACGUCAACGUAGGUAUUCCUCUGACAGUUCAGGAGGCAGCCACCAUAGCAGAGGCCGCAGGAGGCGGAGCCACAGCAGCAGUUCAAGCAGAAGCGACCGGAGUCGCAGCCGUGGGCGGAGUCACAAGAGGGGUGGCUGGAGCAGCGAGGACGACGACGGCAAGAACACAACUCCCCCCAAACCUCUCAAAGACAGAGGCACCAAGGAAGUAACAAGCGAAUGGAGCGAUGCACCCCCGCCUCAGGCCAUUGACCCCGUCGUCAUCCCCUCCCACCCAGGCAUGCCGAUCCCCACCUACCCUCCCCCACAGGUCCACAGUAUGAUGCCCCCCAAUUUCCCCCCACCGGGGUAUGGUCAGUACGGCAACUACAUGUCCUAUUUGCACCAGCAAUGGCCCUCUAUGUAUCCACCUCCCAGCGUUGCCCCACCUCCCAGCGUUGCCCCACCUUCCAGUGUAGCCCCACCUCCCCACAUGCUUCCACCCCCUCAGACCUGUGUUGGAGACUUCCCUCAAAGUGCACCUCACAAACCAGCUCCUGUAGCAAGGGCCAAAGGUGUGGUGAGGAGCACUCCUCAGGAUGAAGAGCAGCAGAGGAGCCACGACAGGAGAGUUUCUGAUGAGCAGAACAACGAGAGCCAGAAACAAAAGGUUCUAGAGGAGCGGGAAAAGCUGAAGGAGGAAAGAGAGCUCAGGAUGAAGAAAAAGGAGUAUCUGAUUAAAGAGCUGGAGCGACUCAGGAAGCAACAGGGCGAGCUGCUGAGGAAGAAGCGCAGGGAGAAGGAUGGCCAUAAGGACCCCCUGCUGCAGGAGAUCAGCCACCUGCAGGAGGAGGUCAUGACUCAGAUCUCAAACCUCCGCAAGGAGCACGAGGCAGCUGAAAAGAAACGCAAUGAGAUUGAAAAGGUGGCCCUGAUCCUUGGUCUGACCCCGUCUGAUCGGCCCAGCAGACCCGUCAAGCAAGCUGAUGUCCAGGACGACAAUCCACCACCACCGAAGAAGAAACGAGAUUUAGAGAGGAGCUCAGAGGAGCAUGCGGCAUCCUGCAGCUCAUUAGUAAAGCCAACCUUGGUGGCUUUGACCCCGACUGCUCCAGACAAACAGCCCGUUACCGCACAGGCUCCUUCCCUGGCUCUGCCCCCUGACCCCUUUGAAUACUAUGAUGCUGGAAACCACUGGUGCAAGAGCUGUAAUGUCACCUCGGGAUCCAUGUUUGAUUUUUUCACACACUUACACAGCAAAUCGCACCGAAAGACUCUGGAUCCAUACAACCGACCCUGGGCAUCUGCACCAGCCAAAGUCUCCAAGAGCUCACUGGCAGAAGAGAAGCAAACCAAACCAGCCAAAGGCUCAGAAUUUCUGGUUCCUGUCCGUGGGUUCUACUGCCUUCUGUGUAAAGAGUUUUAUGGAGACGCUAUCUGCGCUGAAGAUCACGUCAUCACACACUCUCAUAAUGAGAAAUACAAGAAACAAAUGUAUGAAAAUCCGUUAUACGAGCAAAGGAGGAACCUGGACCGCCAAGCGGGUCUGGCUUCAGAGGCAAGUGGAAAGAAACGAAAACACGAGGAGGGCAGCGAUAGCAAAGAGAGAGAAGAGAAAACUAAACACAAAAAGGAGAAAAGGGACAAGGAAAAGAAGAAGGAAGAGGAUGCAGUCUUACCUAAUAAUGAAAAAUAUAAAGUUAAAAAGGAGGAAGAGGAGGAUAAGCCAAAGCUGGGAAAGAAAGAGCAAGAUUUAAAAAAAUGCCAGGAACCAGAGAAGUCUUACAUCAAGAAAGAUGAAGAUGAAAAGUAUAAAUACAGCAAAAAAGAUGACAAAUACCGCAGUAACCGAGAUGAGGAAGACAGAAUCAGCCGUUACAGAAACAGCAACAGAGAUGAAUAUCAGUACAAUUACCACCGGGAUGGAAGUGAUCGAUAUGAAGAACGAGCAAAAUAUGGCUCAAAGGAUGAUGACAAAUACAAGCAGGAAAAAUAUUCUGAGGUAAGAUCAAAAUUCAACAGAGACCAAGAUGAAGGUAAACCUAAGACGGAAAGGGGGAUAGAUAAACCAACAGGUGAACCAGAGGUCAGCAAGUCUGGACCCCCACCAAAACCCUAUGAGCUGCCUAAAAUCUUAUGUGGACCCAGUCCGGCCAUGAGGGCAAAGCUCCGUAAGCAAAGCCUGGAAUCUGGGAAGUCCCCAGCCACAUCUGCAUCAUUUGGGAGAUUCACUUGGAAAAAGAAAGAAAACCAGCUGGCAAAAGAAGCACAGAAAGUGGCAGCAGAGUUCAUAAAGGAAGAUGAAAUGGCUGCAAAUGAGCAGGCCUCCAUGGCAGAGGAUUCUUUUGCAAAGUCGAUGGCUUUUGCGAAAGGCAUUGCCCAGAAGCUGGCAGGUGAACAACCUAUGGCUCCACCUUGGAUCACCGCUAAUCGAGGACGUAUCCGUCCAAAUCUGCCUCCACCAACUACACAGCUGAGGAGAGCAGCCAUGGCAGGAAAACCUGCAUCACUAAGUACAUUCCUCAACAUAAGACCCCAGAGUACCUGUAUUCCUGGGCCUCCUUCCGGCUCCACCAUCAGGCCUCCAAAUGUCCACACACCAACAUCCCAAACUAGUCCUGGGACUUCAUUUCCUACACCUGGAAUAUUUAACCCACAGCCUGCACCAACAUUGACAAAGUCUGAGCCAUUUGGUCCUAAACUGCCACCAUCAAUGACUAAACCUGAAAUACAAGCUGUUAAUUCUGCUCAAUCAAGAGUUAAAUCAGAGCCAACUGAAAUAAAAGUUGCCUCAUCCAAAGCUAAAGAGGAGCCCACAGAUUCUAAACCUGGUGUAGUCGAAUCUAAACUGCCACCGUUUCAGGUAAGUAGUGCUCCACCAGUUUCUGAAGCUUCUACAGUGAAAUCAAAGCCAACACCUGAUGCAAAGUUUGGUCCAGCAGAAGAAAGAUCUUCUGAAGUUGUCCCAGAACCACCUGCUCCAACAAAAAAUGCACCAGUAGAACCAGCUGUAAUCAAGAUUGUGUCUGAUGUGGCAGCUCCUGGUGUCCCAGAGAGUGAGCAGACUUGCACUGUCUUUGUCAAACCGCCACCAUUCAGGAGCAAGAUGGAAGGACCUCACAAAUCUGAAAAAGUCAAGAGCAACCUGGCUGCAGCCAAAGCCCAAGAUUUAUUUGGAAUAUUUUACAGUAGUGGUGGCCAGCAAGGCCCCUCCUCUUUCUGUAGACCAGAAACAGAUGAUAAACGUCUGUUUGCUGUUCCACAGGCACCUCAGCCACAGUCCAAAACAAAAUCGCAGUCCUCUUUUCAAACCCAGUCACAGCCCCAAGACGAACAACAAUCCUCUAAUCCAACUCUACCGCAGCUGCAAGACAAACCACAAUUCUCUAAUCCACCUCAACUACAGCCGAAAGACAAACCACAAUUCUCUAAUCCACCUCAACUACAGCCGAAAGACGAACCACAAUCCUCUAAUCCAACCCAACUACAGCCGAAAGACAAACCACAGUCCUCUAAUCCAACUCAACCACAGCCCCAUGAUAAACCACAGUCCUCUGAUCCAACUCAACCACAACCCCAUGAUAAACCACAAUCCUCUAAUCCAACCCAACUACAGUCCCAUGACAAACCACAAUCCUCUAAUCCAACCCAACUACAGCUGAAAGACAAACCACAAUCCUCUAGUCCAACCCAACCACAGCCCCAAGACAAACCACAGUCCUCUGAUCCAACUCAACCACAACCCCAUGAUAAACCACAAUCCUCUAAUCCAACCCAACUACAGCCCCAAGACAAACCACAAUCCUCUAAUCCAACCCAGCCACAGCCCCAAGACAAACCACAAUGCUCUAAUCCAACCCAGCCACAGCCCCAAGACAAACCACAAUGCUCUAAUCCAACCCAACUACAGUCUCAAGACAAACUACAAUCCUCUAAUCCAACCGAACCACAGUCCCAAGACAAACCACAAUCCUCUAAUCCAACCCAACCACAGCCCCAAGACAAACUACAAUCCUCUAAUCCAACUCAACCACAGCCCGAAGACAAACCACAAUCCUCUAAUCCAACCCAACCACAGCCCCAAGACAAACCACAAUCCUCUAAUCCAACUCAACCACAGCCCGAAGACAAACCACAAUCCUCUAAUCCAACUCAACCACAGCCCGAAGACAAACCUCAAUCCUCUAAUCCAACUCAACCACAGCCCGAAGUCAAACCACAUUCCUCUAAUCCAACUCAACCACAGCCCCAUGAUAAACCACAAUCCCCUAAUCCAACCCAACCACAGCCCCAUGACAAACCACAAUCCUCUAAUCCAACCCAGCUACAGCCUCAAGACAAACCACAAUCCUCUAGUCCAACCCAACUACAGCCCCAUGACGAACCACAAUCCUCUAAUCCAACCCAGCUACAGCCUCAAGACAAACCACAAUCCCCUAGUCCAACCCAACUACAGCCCCAUGACAAACCACAAUCCUCUAAUCCAACCCAGCUACAGCCUCAAGACAAACUACAAUCCUCUAGUCCAACCCAACCACAGCCCGAAGACAAACCACAAUCCUCUAAUCCAACCCAGCUACAGCCUCAAGACAAACUACAAUCCUCUAGUCCAACCCAACCACAGCCCGAAGACAAACCACAAUCCUCUAAUCCAACUCAACCACAGCCCGAAGACGAACCACAAUCCUCUAAUCCAACUCAACCACAGCCCGAAGACAAACCACAGUCCUCUGAUCCAACCCAACUACAGCCUCAAGACAAACUACAAUCCUCUAAUCCAACCCAACAACUGCCCCAAGACAAACCACAAUGCAAAACUGAAGAUCCACCCCUCGAUAAAACUCUGAGUGAAUUAAACCCUCCUGCAGAACCCCACAAUCAGCUUCUGUCUCUUACCGACAUCCAGCCGCCAGCUAAGGUUCAAAUAUCUCCACAGCUUGACUCAAAUAACUAUACACCUAGCCCCCAAACCCAGACUGAAUCAGACAUUCAGAUCAUUUCUGUUUGGUCCAUUCAGCCUACCACAGCUUCAGUAGCAGAGGGGGUGCCAACGACCCAGUCAACUUCUCCACAUUAUGAUCAGCCCUUCAACACUUUGUCUGAAUGCCAUAUUAACUCACAGAUCAAGUCAUCCAACGUGGGGCACACAGAUAAACCCCAGACAGAGAAUGAUUGUUUCAAAGCAGAGUCUCAGUCAGAAUUCCAGUUACAUCAAGACACACUGUCUCAACUACAAAUGGCACCAGAACCACAGCCUAAACCCAAACCAAGUCCCAAAUCCAGAGGAAAGUCGGCACAAGUGAAAAAAAACCCUCCUGCUUCUGCACCUAGUCGCCAAACCCGCUCUCAGACCAGGUAUCAGACACGUCAACAACAGCAUCAGAGUCCGUCAGAACCAGACCUGGCUAACACAGAAAGUUUGGAGUCUUCUGAUCCAGAAUCUCAGGCACAGUUGAAGGCUGAGACAACUGACAAAGAUGAUCCUUCAGAGGGGGAAACCACCCCCGAAACCUUGGGCCUCCCCUUUGACAUGACCUCCACAGAGUUUACUUAUAAUUUUGAGUAGAAAAUUACUGUAAAGUAUGAUGGAAGUAAAUAAGAGUAGCUUGUCACAAAAUCAUUCUGAUUGUCAUACAAGUCAGCUAUUCAUAGGAUAGAAGGUAGCCAGACGCAUGGAGCAAAGGAGACUCGGACUCUUAAGAGCAGUUGUGUACAGUUCAUAUGAAUCCUCUUUUUUUCUUAAGUUCUCCAUUUACACAAGUGUAAUGGCCCCAACUGGCUUUCAAGCAUAAGUUCAGAUGUGUAAAUCAGUUGUAAUGUUUUUCUUCUAGAGGGACCUGGAAAAUGUUGACGUUUCAGUGCUAUUGAGCUUCAUUUAAACACAAAUUUAGAUUCCCCCCCCCCCCCCCCCCCCCCCCCCCGCUGAAGGUCUGCUCACUGUAGGAUUUUCUUUACCAAGUUUAAAUACAUUAUUGUUAUUUUUAUGUUUAAUGUCUGAAAUUUUUUUGGUUAUUCCUUAAUGAUUCUUGUCCUUUAAUAUUUGUUUCAGUAGUUUUAAAUAAAAGUUGAUAAGGAA